UUCUGAAUUUAGCGGGGCUUCCAGGUGACAGUACUUGGUUGGGAGUGAGGUUGGUGACUUGAGGUGUGCCGGGAAGCCGUGGUUGUUGAUGUCUGUAGCCAUGGCGCCUUAUCAUGGGUGUUCUCUCUGGUUUCUCUUUCUGUUGACCUUUGCAGCAGUCGGUCGUUUGUAUGGUGAAGAUAGUGGUGAGGACUCGCGGUGUGAAGUGCGGGCUGUGAGAUGCUGUAAGUACGCGAUGUUUUCGUCGGAGUUUUUCAAGUGCUGUAAGAAGAUGGGAUGUUGUCCUCGCAGGUGUAUGAAGGAGGCACCGGAAUCUAAGGAAGAUUCUAGCGCGAGUGUAAGUGUUUCGGAAUCGGAGGAAGAGUGUAAGCAAGGAAGAGUUUGCUGCCGCUUUCGCCCCAAUACAUUGGAGUAUAUGCAGUGUUGUGAGAGGCACCAGUGCCGCCCUUCCUGUCGCAGCGUGCCUAAAGGUUGCUGCUACAACAACAAGACAUGGAAGUGGGGCAGCGUGGUGGAGGCGGUGGACGAGGACUGUGUAGAGAUAAAGUGCGCUGCAAAAAGGGUUGCCCAUUGGCCCUACCUCGUAGCCAAACUGGUGCUUGUUCCUCAGACUAACGUGCUGUGUUUUGAACCAAAGUGUGGGGACUGCAAUGAACAGCGGUGCGUGGAUGAGACGGGAAUGCUGCGGGAAGAAGGCGAAAAGUUUUACAUGGGCAGGUGCCGAAGGUGUGAGUGCCUUCCUAGUGGAAGGGUAGUCUGUAAACCUGUGGAUCACGCGUGUCCACCUAUACCCACGGCCAUCCCUCGGCAUUGCACUGUAGUAAAAGGACUCUGCUGUGACACGCUCAAUUGUUCAGUGGAGCGCACUUGUCGUGAUCUUGACGACGAUCGCGAGCAUGCCCUGUACACGACCUGGAGAAGCGACCCGUGCACCAUCCACAGGUGUACUCUGGCAGGCAUCCUCACCAGGCGGGAGUCCUGCAGACCGAUGCCACACCCUAACUGCAUGAAGGAAGAAGAGUAUUAUAAAAUCAUUUCAUCCGAGGAAUGGAGUAGCGGCAGCUCUGAUGAGGGAACUAGCGAGGGGAGCAGCGACACUGGCGAGGAAAGCCAGGAAGGAAGCGGCGACACUAGCUCUAGCUCUGGCUCUGGCGAGGGAAGCGGCGGCUCUGGCUCUGGCUCUGGCACUGGCACUGGCUCUGGCGAGGGGAACGGCGGCUCGGGCACUGGCUCUGGCGAGGGGAACGGCGGCUCGGGCACUGGCUCUGGCGAGGGGAACGGCGGCUCGGGCACUGGCUCUGGCGAGGGGAAUGGCGGCUCGGGCACUGGCUCUGGUUCUGGCGAGGGGAGCGGCGGCUCGGGCACUGGCUCUGGCGAAGGGAGCGGCGGCACGGGCACGGGCACGGGCACUGGCUCGGGCACUGGCUCUGGCUCUGACGAGGGAAGCGGUGGCUCGGGCACUGGCUCGGGCACUGGCUCUGGCGAGGGGAGCGGUGGCUCGGGCACUGGCUCGGGCACUGGAUCUGGCGAGGGGAGCGGUGGCUCGGGCACUGGCUCUGGCUCUGGCGAGGGGAGCGGCGGCUCGGGCUCGGGCUCGGAGUCUGGAUCUGGCGAGGAGAGCGGCUCGGAGUCUGGGUCUGGCGAGGGAAGCGGCUCGGGCUCGGGCUCGGGCUCGGGCUCUAGCUCGGGCUCAGGACCUGGAUCAGGCGAGGGGAUCGGCGAGGGGUCUGGGUCAAGCUCUGGCUCUGGCUCUGGCGAAGAGAGCGGCCGAUCAAGUUCCGAGGAAGAGUUCCGGUGCUGCCCGAGGUGGAAGUGCGGGCUCGACUGUCGCGUCGUUCGCUGCUCCUUGGUGCCUCCUGGUGAAGACUGUGUGGAAGUGUAUGAACCUCUUGCCUGUUGUCCUCGCUGGAAGUGCAGCGGAUGUGUGGAUAGGCACCGCCAGUACCACCACCUCGGCAGCGUGUGGCAUCCGACGCCCUGCACAACCCUUGCUUGCAGUCCCUUAGGAAUCGUUAAUACCACGAAGCCCUGCAAACCGAAGCCACAUGACAUCUGCUUCGAGGAACCAUCAAAGGACGGCUGCUGCCCUGUCUACAGUUGUGGCGGAUGUGUGGACGAAGAAAAUACAUUCCACCCAAUGUUUAGUAAGUGGGAAGUGACGCAAUGCAAUCGUCUAACCUGUACAACAAAUGGCAUCAUUCCUUGGGAACCGGAAUGUCCACAGAAGCCCCACGAGAAUUGCCGCAGAGGGCCCAGAGGCAAGGAUUGCUGCCCUGUGUGGGAGUGUGGACCCGAUUGUCGAACUGUGAGAUGCGCCGGGCCUCUCCACAGUGGCUGCACACCUCACAUGGAACCGCUGACCUGUUGCCCAAGAUGGGACUGCAAGUCUUGUGUGGACGAGAAUGAUCGCAGGCAACCAUUGGACAGCACUUGGCGCACGAAUGAUCCGUGCACAAACCACACCUGCACGGAGAAAGGAGUUACUUCUGUUAGUGUCACAUGUGCGCUGAGCGGUCCCCCGCGUGAAGGGUGCUUCGAGUACACUCCUGAGGGAGAGUGCUGUUCCCGUUGGAACUGCAGCGGUUGUUUGGAUGAUUACGGGGUCUUCCACCGGAUUUUUGAAGCAUGGAGCAGUGACGCUUGUACCAGACACUUCUGCGCCUCGUCCGGCAUAAUAACGCAGGAGUUGCAGUGUCCACCUUUGGGUACUAUACCUCACCCGAACUGUGUUAUGCACCAGGAGCCCGGGGAAUGUUGCUCUAGAUGGAAGUGUGGACCAGACUGCAGGCUCGUAUUGUGCCCACGACCUCCAGGAGGAACCUGCACGACGCACCGUCCUCCCCUUGCGUGCUGCGACGAAUACCAGUGCAGCACCGGCUGCACAGACAAUCAGGGCAGGAAGCGUAACCUGGGCGACACCUGGUUCACACCGCCAUGCCUACUGUACAUCUGCCGGGAUGAAGGAGUAGUCACCCACAAUUUUUGUGAUGCCGGGUCCCUGUAUCGCAAUUCUACUAACCUGAAACGAUCAGCUGGGUUUGAUGAGCCUGCGUAUGGUUCUGAAAGCAAAAAGGCAGCGACAGCCGCGCCGUCGCUACCUGACCAGGCCUCUUAACAUAAGUGAUGGCCAGGCGCUCCUCACCUUCCCUUAGCUCCCGGUGGCGUUGCAGCGUGCUUUGAGGAGUCUCUUGAGAGAUGCAUUCCUUCUGAUCAUCUAUCGUGACGUCUGCGAGGUUGCUGCCGCUUACCACUUUCUGUGAUAAUUUUACCUUCGUUUAGAACAUGUUGUGUGAUUUAGGAUGUUUAAUUUAGAGGUUUGUUCUGUUAUUUUUAUGAAUUUAGAAAGGUUGUUUUAAUACUUUAUAACGUCCAGAAUUUAUUAAAAAAUUGAUUUUGAGA